CCACAUGAUUUUGAUGAUCUGGCAGGCUAUUAGAAAACAUAUGAUUAAAUUUUGUUAUAACGGAUUAUUUGAAUAAAGAACUUUAAGGUAACUCGAUCACAAUGUGAAAAACUAAAAAUCAUAAUGUACUAAACCGUUUAAAUUGAAAGCUUGGAUAUAAAUUUGUUUAUGUGUGUAAAUUAUAGGGUACUAAAUGUUAUGGUUGUUUUGAAAUAGUGUAUGAUAAGAUACCUCUGCAGCUGAGACCUUCUCUAUGAUAAGGCACCUUUUCAGCCUCCCGGUUUAGAUCAAGCAGAAGAAUAUGAAUCCAAAGCCUUACCAUGGUUACUUUGGGCAAUAUGCAAGUAUUCCCUUGUUUGAGAGCUUUGGACUUGAAGAUGCCUCCAACUAAGACUCUCUGAGAAACUUCACAGAACUAAUGUGGCCAAAUGGUCAUGACCAGUUUUGUCAGACUGUAGUUCAUAUGAUAAAGCAGCUGGAUGAGCUUAAGGAUAUGAUUGAACUGAUGAUUCUUGGUAGUUAUGGUUUAGGAGAGAAAUUGAAUUCAAUCAUGGUAUGUUAAACACUGCUUCGAAUAAUGAAAUACAGCUCACCUCCAUCUGGGGAGUACAUGCAGGGGCUCCAUGCUCACGCUGACAAAGUAUUAAGCACAAUCAUUUGUGAUGAUCAAGUUUCAGGACUUGAAUUUCAAACCAAGGAUGGACAAUGGAUCAAGUUUUCUCUAUCUCCUAACUCCUUUGUAUUUAUUGUUGGAGAUCCUCUUAUGGCAUGGAGCAAUGGGAGAAUGCAUCCAGUGAAUCAUCGAGUGAUGAUGUGUGGAGAAAACGAAAGAUAUUAUUUAGGAGCAUUUGCAGUUCCAGUAGAGGGUACCAUCAUCAAGGCACCAAAGGAGUUGGUAGAUGAAGAACAUCCCCAAAUUCUCAAGGACUUUGACUAUAUGGAAUUUUCUGAUUUCUCCUACUCAGCCGAAGGAAUUCUCAUAGACUCAGCAACACAAGUGUUUGUAUUUUCUGGAAUUAGCACUUGAUAGCAUAAGUUCACACCCUAGUAAAGAAGGAUCAGUUUUU